AUGCCGAGUAAGCUGAAGAAGGCGAUCGGGGCUGUGAAGGAUCAUACGAGCAUAAGCCUCGCGAAGGUCGGCAACACCAAUGCGUCGAUCCUCGAGGUCACGGUCCUCAAGGCCACCUCGCACGAUGAGGUGCCCACGGAGGAGCGCUAUGUGGACGAGAUCCUCCAGCUGAUUGCCUUGAACAAGGCUUACGCGGCGACCUGCGCUCAUCUGCUCGCCAAGCGCAUCGGCAAGACCCGCAACUGGAUCGUCGCGCUCAAGUCCCUGAUGCUGGUCCUCCGGAUCUUCCAGGACGGCGACCCCUUCUUCCCCAGGGAGGUGGUCCACACGAUGAAGCGCGGUGGCAAGAUCCUCAACCUGUCGAGCUUCCGAGACAAAUCAAAUUCGAGCCCGUGGGAUUACACCGCCUAUGUCCGGACAUUCGCGCUCUACCUUGACGAGCGAUUAGAUUGCUUCCUCAUGGGGAAGCUGCAGCGGAAGGUGGCGUACCGGACGAGGGAAAACGAGCCGCUCAUGAACAGGAGGGCAACCGAGCCGAUCAUUAGGGAUAUGAAGCCCGGAAUGCUACUCGAGAGGAUUUCCCAUUGGCAGAGAUUGCUUGAGAGGGCCAUUGCCACAAGGCCAACAGGCUCCGCCAAGGGCCACAAUUUGGUUCGGAUCUCACUCCAUGCCAUUGUUCAGGAGAGCUUUGAUCUGUACAGAGACAUAUCCGAUGGCCUUGCACUGCUCUUGGACAGCUUCUUCCAAUUGCAAUACCAGACUUGUGUCAAUGCCUUCCAAACAAGCAUCAAGGCCUCGAAGCAAUUUGAAGAGCUAUCAUCUUACUACAGUAUGUGCAAGACCAUGGGGGUCGGUCGAACAUCCGAAUACCCAAGCGUGCAGAAGAUAUCUGAUGAGCUCAUCGAGACGUUGCGGGAGUUCUUGAAAGACCAGGACUCGUUCCCAGCUAGUGGGAGGAUGUUGUCUCCGCAGAUGCUCCUUCCCAUGAUGCCGAGCAGCGAGAAGGAUUCCAGCGUGAUAUCUGAGCAGUCUGGUUCCUACCCAUGCUCCGAGACCUCAGAGCGCACGGAUGGAGUUUCCGAGAAGGGUUCUGGGUUCAGUUCGCGAGGCAUGUCGCUGGAGGACGUGGUGAGUGUGACAGAUGCAGGAACUAGCCCGUCGAUCACAUUGGAGCAAGAAACUCAUAUUGAACAAUUCAAGAAGCAACUGGAUCAAGAGGACGGCAUGAACGCCGACAUGGCUACCCGUUCGGUGCAUUCAUCAUCAACAGAUUCUAAAGAAACAAGUUCCGCAGCAAUUUUUGUAGCUUUUGAUGACUGGCCACCACAAGAAAUACCACAUCAAGAGCAAGGACAACAUAUUUCAGGACCAAAUCGGGAAAAUGGUACGAAAGAUUGUUGGGAGCUAGAAUUGGCCAUGACAGCAGGACAAGUGCAACCAAAUGUGAAUGAUGCUAUUCCCAGUGAUUCCGGAUCAGCCUCCACCACUGCGAUUGAUCUUUUCCGCGACGCCCCAAUUCCCAGUUCUCAAAAUAAUCCAUUUCUGCAGGACACAACUGCAUUAAGCACCAUGGUGCCGGCAUCCACCGCAGCCUCUGGCAAGCCUUUCCAUUACAGCACUGAUCUCUUCUCGGUUGCUCCCACCUUCCAGGCUACGGCAAAACCAACUUUUGGCGCGCAAAAUCCAAAUGCGGAUGCAGUUACGGCCCAAACCGAGAACGAUCCAUUUGCAUCAAGCUUCGAAGCAGCGGCCAGCGGACAGAAGUCUGAUGGAUCCACUAACCAAGAAAACUUGCGGUAUGAGCAACAGCUAUGGUUGCAGCACCAGAACAAGAUCAUAGCAAAACACACGAAGUAACCGUGUACGAUGCCGACAAGUUUGUGUAAAUAAU